AUGGGGUCCUCCGUGUCCCAGCCCCAGGCUUGGACACCUGCCCUGUGCUCUGAUGACAGGAUCAUAUUCAGCCUGAGGAACCCUAGCUAUGCAAGCCUCUGGUCCUACCCCUACUUUGACCUGGUCGCGCUCACGUCAAAGUGUUACAGGUUCCUGCUGAGGUGCACUAUCUUGCAGCAACUGAAGACUGCUGAGGAGACCCAGGAGAAGACCGAGGAAACUAAGAACUUGUUGGAACAACUCGUUUCUGCAAUUUUUGAAGUAGUGAACAGUCUGACAGGGGUGAAAAUCAGUAAUCUGCACGUCCUGGAUAUCACAUUCGAAAAGACUCCUGAUUGCAAAGGUGCUAUAGUGAAAAUCCCCACCACUGCUGAAGUCAACGUGAACCUGCCUGUGUUGGGUGAGAUUGUCGACUUGGGCCUCAACUUGGUCCUACAGUUUUGUGUUGGCGUUGAAACUGAUGAAGACACUGGUGACUCCAAGGUGGUCGUGGAAGAAUGCAGGAGCGAUCAACACAGCAUCUCUCUCAGCGUGCUGGGCAGGCGCAUUGGAUUGCUCAACGAGGUUGUGGACUUUGCAGUCAAUCUCGUGAAUGAGGCGUUGUCCCUGGUAACGCAUUAUGAGCUGUGCCCACUAGUCCACAGUUUCCUUGAAAGCCUGGAUGCGGAGUAUGUUAAGAACCACAUUGAUGAACUGCAUGAAAUCCCAGAGACAAAGUAAAGAGCACCGAUGAGGAAAAUCUCUGUGAUGCCUGCCUGCUGAUUGGUUCCCAGGGACGUGACUGACUCUCUGUACAGUCUCCCUCUGGACCUCGGUGCUGCCACCAUCCCCAGGAGUGACAACUGAGCCCAGUAAAAGGACACCUCUCAGAUACUCCUCCUCACAAUCAGGACAUCCUAUGUUCAUCACCCUCCACCUCCAGCAAUAAAAAGCCAUUUCUGCACCUCCUGAACAUUGAGGCCCAGGAUGGGCAAGCAGGUGACCUGAGGUCACGUACAGACGGCCUCACUCUGCUUCUGUUACAACACUG